AUGCUAUUAUCGGAGCGGAAAAUGGGCCGGCGAAGUCCGUCAAUCGAUCGAUUUCUUCCCGAUCUUCCCGUAAGUUUUUUUCCGUGUUUCAGUCGAACAAUUUGAAAGAUCUUGCUAACAAAACCUGUUUUUGGCUGUUUGAAUUCUGCUGACUCAUAGUUGACCAAUAAGGUAUUUGAAUAUGCACAAAAGGGCCGAUUAGCAUUCAAAAAUCAGUUUUUUUUCAGCGUUUCGGCCAAAAUUGUACACAAAAAUGUUCAUCACUCGAAAGUCCCUACUUUUUAGUGUUCUUCGUCAUAAAAUCUCAUAAAAAUCCAGUUUUUCGCACCGUGUUUCACUCGGAUCAGAGAGUAAUCCGUUGCAUGGAAAUCAAUCGGUCCCGACCGAAAAUUACGGCCAUUUCACGGAAGUUCUGGCACGAAUUCGCCUUGUUUUUAUGGGUUUUUCGGUUAAAAACAGUUGUUUAAUUGAAAGAUGAUUGUUAUUUUAAUAGAAAUUUUUUAAAUUCUCUAAAAUAUUCAAUUUGCAGAACGGAGUGCAAACGCGUCGAAAAAUGCGGAAAAUGGUGUGCUUCGGAGCCGCCGUCGGCCUUUUUCUCAUCUUUUUCGUCGCCGUUUCCAGUUGGUUUUUCGUCCGGGAUCUAGGUGUCGUCUCUACUAAUUCACCUUUUUUUUGUCGAGUUGUUUUUGUGUAUACUAACAAACAUUUUAGUGCACUUUUUGAGCAAUUAAUUUUCAAAAAAAAUAUUCUGAAGUUUCAGACAUUUCAUCGGCGGACGAAGUGACAAUUCACACGGGAAUCAUGUUGGAUCCGUUGAGGAAUGCAAAAAGUUUCCGAGUUUUAUUGGUCGGAGACACUGGAGGUAAAAUUUGGAAUUUUAAUGAAAAGUAGUUCUGUUUCAACAUGUUUCAAACAUUUCGCAACCGAACGAUUCCCAACUGUUACAUUUUGCAACUCCUACGUUUCGCAACUCUUACGGCCGAGAAAUGCUCCCUUGUUCUCAUGUAUUCUGACACUUUCUCUUCCAAAAUCAAGCACAUCUAUCGUGUCUAGAUCAGCUACUACAACAAAAACUUUGAAUUCUCUAUGCUUUUAACGCAUAACGUACGGGAUGCCGAAUUGAUUGCAAAGCGUAGCGGUUGCGAAUUUCCCGGUUGCUAAUGGUACGAGUUGUGAGAGUUGCAAUUUCUCAAAAAAAAAAGACGCAGCACUUUAGGAAUUCCGAUACUGGAAACGACGUGGGCGCAACGGGAAGUGAAGCGAACGAUGGCUUUGAUCGCGGCGGAAAAGGACGUCCAAAUGGUGCUCAACAUGGGCGACAAUAUCUAUUUCACCGGACCCACCGACGAAUUCGACCCCCGAUUUGAGGUUGACUUGAUAGAACACACAUCUCUUAAAGAUUCGAAUAGUGGAAUUCAAGUUCCAAGAAAUGAUUCAAAAAGUAGCGGUGGCAAAGUGGAAAGCAGUGAAAAAGUAUAGUUGUGUUUGCAUAAAUAUGUGAGAAGCUGACGUGGAGAGAGAGAGAGAGAGAACGCGACAAUAUUGGGGUGAAUCAUCAAUUAUGAACGGGCGAGCAGACGAUAUUGUCUUUUUCUUUCACAACAACAAAAUUGCAGUGAAACUCGUGUUUCCGUGCAUUUCUCUCGAACAAUAAUCAGUUUUUAUAGCAGAAGACGAUUGAAAGCAAGAGAUUCAGAGAGAAAAAAUCCAUUGUUUUGAAAAGUAAAUUAGUUGAAGUAGUGAUCUGCUUCCCGGUGCCGGAUAAAAACAACUUGUAGACCCUGGGAUCACUAAUAAUGUUUCUGAUGUACUUCUGUCUCGAACGACACUCCGUUUAUGCCUUUGGGAAGACAUUGGUUGGGCAGAGGAAAGAAAAGUCGGAUCGUUCUGACCGAAUGGUCCGUCCGAACGGAAGGAUCGCAGAACGGAAGGACCGCAAAAUAUGAAUACGUGUGUUUAUGAGAAUGCGCCUGUCACUCAAACACUCCUAAACACCCUUUGAUCUCUGUGACAGGUGCGAACUGUGCCUGACCCGGUCAUGAAUGCUCUCGCGAGUACCGCAACCCAGCCAGUCCCCCACGGCCGUCAUGCCCAAUCUUUUUUCCUCCUCGCCCGCAGUCUUUCCAAAAGGCCGCGUCGCGCGCACUCACUUUAAAGGCGCAUGCAAUUAAAAGCAAUAUGUUUUGACGAAUCGUUGCGAGACCCACUGUUAUUUGUGAUCUACCGAGCACCGCCAAAAUACGUUUUAUGGUUGUUAGUCUCAUUUUUUCGGCGUAAACGUAUGAGCGGAUACGCGCGUAUAUCCAAAUGGUCAUCUGGGAUCUCGAGACUCACCUCUUCUUUGUUUUUUCUCUCAAUCCUUUGUUCUUUGGGAAAAUGCUCUUUUUUUAAACCGUCACUGUUUUGGCUACUCAUGAAUUAUGAUCAAAACACAAAGUCUCCAAUGCGUACCAUAAUACAUAGUGCAUAGUAUCGUCCUGAAUUUUUUCAGAUUUUUCUUAUGGUAGUAAAUGCUUUGAAUUCACUUUAUCGAAACUUUCAAAAAAUCAUCAUUUCCAGACGCGCUUCGAAUCGGUGUACGACUCGGAGAGUCUGCAAGUGCCGUGGCUGACGAUCGCCGGCAAUCACGACCAUUUCGGGAACGUGAGCGCGGAGGUGGAGUACACGAAGCACAGUCUCAAAUGGUACUUCCCGUCGCUCUACUACAAACGGACCGUCGAGUUCAACGGCACUCGCGUCGACUUCCUCAUGAUCGACACGAUUUCGCUGUGCGGCAACACGAAGGACAUCCAGAACGCCGGAUUCAUCGAGAUGCUGCGGAACGAGUCGCACGAUCCGAAGGGUCCGCUCAACGAGACGGCCGCCGAGCAACAGUGGGCGUGGAUUGAGGCUCAGUUGAACGUUUCCGAGUGAGAAACUUUUUUUUUGAUUUCAAACACUUGUUUAUUCGGUUCAUAAAUAGGAAGAUGACAUGAAACGGCAAAAAAACUCUGAGGAUGAGGAGGAAAAGUGUAUUUUUGCAGUGCUGAGUACUUGAUAGUGUCCGGCCAUUAUCCGAUCCAUUCGAUGUCGUCGCACGGUCCGACAGAGUGUCUCCGUCAGCGAUUGGACCCCCUUCUCAAGAGAUUCAACGUCAACGCCUACUUCGCCGGACACGAUCACUCGCUGCAGGUUUGUAAGGAAUUAAAAUGAGAAAAAAUGAGUGUCGUCAAAAGUUGCAAAUUUUGACAGCACGUUUCGAUUCAGCACGGUCUACUGAAUCGCCCCAGUCUUUUGAAAAUAAUGUUACAAUGUGCGUGUCAUUUCAGCACUUUGUGUUCAACGGAAACGCCGACCACCGGAUUCAUUACGUCGUUUCUGGGGCCGCGUCUCGGGCGGAUUCCUCGACGAAACACAUCAAAGAAUUCAGCAGAGACAAUCUCAAAUUCAAGUUAGUUUCCUUUUGUUUUUUCGCUUUUUUACAUUUAAAAUCUCUUCAGUUACCCGGAAAAGUCGUGGAUUUCGUGGUCGCCGGUCUCGCAGCUCGGCUUCCGAAAAGGCGGCAUAAUCUACGCAGAGUUUGGCCACGAGACCCUCGUUCUCGACUUUUUCGACAAAAACGGCAAGAAGUUGUACGAGACGAGCAUUCCGACGCGACAAAUGCCCCUGGACACUUCGAAGCCAUCGACCGCGAACCCUUUCAUCGAAAUUUGA